AUGGAGAAAAAGUAAGAUUUCUAUCUUAAUUAUUCUUCAACAUGUAUUAUUUUUAAAUAAUGCAAGAGAUAUGCAGAAUAACAAGUAGUACAAAAAGUUUAAUAUAUAAGGAAACUGAUUGAGAAAGCUGACAUAUUUGGAAUAAACUGCCGCUUUUUAUUUAGUUUUCCACAAUUUAUCUUAACAUCAGGGCAUAACAGCAGCACUGUAGCAAUUGUAUACCAUUAAAUUAAGAGCAUAUUGUAUUAACUAUUCAAAUAUAUAUUAUACUAUUUGCAUAACACAUAUGCUGUGCAGUGAGUGCCAUGUGAGAUGUAGACUUUCUGUAGACUAUAGCACAUAUUUAAUGUUAUGUAAAAAAAGUUCCUUUGCUAUGUCUUAUGUGUGAGUGGAUCUCAUCCAUUCUAUAUGUUAUCCCCCCCAUAAGUUCAUUUACAUGACAUGAGACAUGUGGUUGCUUCUUCCAUUAAAAUAACAGCUGUGUACAAAUAAAGAAGCAUGCAUUUACGGGAAGAGGUGAUAUGUACAUUUAUAUCGUCUUGAACCUGAGUCAUGAUCCUAUAUAGUUUAAUAGUACAUAUUCAACAUAUAUUCUAUUCAAAACCUUUGUAUAUAUUAUAUCUAGGAAGUUCCCCUCAAAAACUAUCUUACAAAUCACAAACGGCAUGCAUUUCUUGCUGGGCAAAAAGGCUCUGUAAUUUAUCAGAGGCUGACUUGAGAAAUAGCAGUCAUUUUGAUUGUAGACAUUGGCAUCACCUAAUGAACUACUUUAAGGCAUCACAUUCAUACAUUUCUUUUCUUUGCAUAUAGCUCUAUAUUCUCAGUGGAUAUGUGUGUUUGCGAUGGAAUGGAAUUUCUUAAUGUACAUGUUAGUAUUUGAAAGUUAAUUCCAAGAACAAAGAUAACAGGUGAUAUCCAACUAAGCCUUGUCCAGAAUAGAACCAUUGAAAUUAAUGGACUUAAGUAAUGAAGUUGGGUAUCUCCCAAUAAUUCUUAGCAACAAUUCAUCUCUCACAGCUGGUCAGCUGAGGAAAAUAUAUUGAACAAGUUAAAAUAAUUUAAAUAGCUGGAGCUUUCGUUUUCACCCUGUAACAAGUGGAGCAAACAUUGUUAUGUUUUCAAAGCUGAACACAUAACAUGAAAUGUGUUAAAAUUCAUGUGUUGUGUGGAGGAGAAUGUAAUUUGAUAAUUCCAGCAAAUAACAAUUUAGAUUAAGUUUGUAGGGUGUUGAGAUAUAUAGACUGUUUAACUUGUUAAGGAUCUAGAUACCGUACAACUUAAGUUUUUCAAGGCUGACCUAAACCACCUGCACCAUUUCCACAUGCAGAGAGAUGAUAAAUGCUCUUGUAUUUAGCAUAUGGUGUGUGGAAUUUUAGCUACGUAUUGAAAUGUUCUACCAUGGAUACACUUCUAUGUAGGCUCCAGAUGGAGUAGAAGCAGUCAGGAAACAUUUUUAGAAAAUCACGGUUUACAAACGGAAUGGACUUGAUAUAUCCAAUUUACUAUAUUUAAAGCAACAUGGAAGUAGAUCCCCAUUUCAUUAGACUAUAGGAUACUGAAAUACACCUCCAUUAGGCAGCAGUAAAGCUUUCCCAUAUCCCCUCCCCCAGUGCCUAAAAUAUAUUUUUUUUAAAUGAUAUUUAUUCCGAGUUUAAAGUUACAAAAAAAACAGAAAAAAACAGUACAAAAUACAAAGAUAAAUUUAACCAUAGCCAUAACAGAGCAAAAAGUAAAAAGAGAAAAAAAGACAAUAAAAUAGGAUAAAAAAACAGAGCAAGAUAUAAAAAAGCAUUGAAUUAAAAUAGAACAAAAGCAAAUUAAACCUUUACAUAACUUUUUCCCUUUACUUAUUUCCUUGACCUCCUCUCACCUCCCAAUUUUGUAUUCUAGUUCAGAUCGUUUUUUUCAGCAAAUCCUUCCAACCUUAUUUUCAUUUACGUAUUUUAAUUUGAAAUAUUAUAAUUAAACAUCCUUUGUUUCAUCAAUUUCAUCAGCUCAUUUUUACUUAAUCCUUUAUCCCAUAUCUACCAAAACUGCCUAAUUUUCUUUUUCCAACAUCUUUCUAACAGUCUUUAAUAUUACAAUGCUUUUGAAGAUAUAUUUUAAAUUUUUUCCAGACCUCUUCCACCGACCCUUCUCCCUGGUCUCGGAUUCUGCCAGUCAUCUCAGCCAAUUCCAUAUAGUCCAUCACUUUCGUCUGCCAUUCUUCUCGGGUGGGUAAUUCUUGUGUCUUCCAGUACUUUCCGAUGAGUAUUCUUGCUGCUGUUGUAGCAUACAUAAAAAAGGUUCUAUCCUCCUGUCAGGGAACUGACAUCAGAGCGAGAGGCGAAGGGGAGGCUCCUGGAUGAUGCUGGAGAAGGACCCAGCAGCAGGGGGAGAGGCGACUCAGUGGAGGGGGAAGCAUUUAAGCGCAACACCAGGAACAAAAGUGAGCAGAUGGGAAAAUCGGAGAGAGGGCUCACGGACUCUUCACUGGAACUCAGUGAGGAGGGGACAGGUCCCCGGCUACCCACGCCCACCCUGCGCAGAAGGCUCCCGCGCAGUGAGAGGCGGAGGCGAUUGGGUGUCAAACAGCUCUUAUGUUGGAAGAGAUUCAAGAAACGCCCACUGACGGAUUCUGCUAGUGACUGAGACAGUCCUGAUCAGAAGGGGCUGUGCAGUCAGAAAGGUUUAACAAGGCAAAAUCAGCCUAGAGAGGCACCAGUUUACGCACGAGUAACUCAUACUCAUUACAGCAAUCCGUCAGUCCCUGAAAGUUGCUCGUGCGCAGCAGCAGGCAGGCAGCAUCAUGAGCAAGCCCGGAGAAGCAGGCGCCCAAGGGGGAGCAGCUGGAGGGCAAACGCUGGAGGAGAGGAACCGAGAUUUGGAGCAGCAUGUGGCCAUUCUGACGGCACGGCUGGACGAAAGGCGGUCUCAAGAUGCACAGGUCAGACCCACCCCCAUAGCAAGGAAGGUACCGGGACUGGUGCACAAGUUUGGGGAAGCCGCAAGAAUACAGUGCGUUUAGAACGGAAAUAGAGUACGCAUUGGACUUGCAGCAUAACGAUUUUGAAGACGACGCGGCGCGGGUGGCAUAUGUUGUGGGUCACCUGCAGGACGGGGCCAGAGAAUGGGUCAGACCCCUUAUGGCGACGCAGAAUUCCGCCAUGCAGGACCUGAGGAAAUUCUUCCAAGCGAUGGACGCGAUGUUUUCCACUGAUGUUCAAAAAGUGUGACUAAGCGGGAAUUGAUGAACUGUAAACAGGGGAGCCAGUCAGUCAGGGACUACUGGUCGCGCUUUGCCAUGAUAGUUCAUCGCCUCGGGUGGGAACUGGGCUCCGAACCCAUACAGAUGUUAUUCGAGGAGGGGUUGUCCCCAACGGUUAAGGAUGAACUUCCCGCGCACCCCGCCCACAGGGGAUGGAUCAGCUGACCAAGGCUGUGCUUGCGAUUGGCGCGCGCCAGGAAGCGCGGGCCCAGGAGAGGCGGGAAGGGAGAGAGCAACGUUGCCAUGACUACCGCAUUCCUGAAAUACCAAGGCAGCCCUCCCGCCAGCAGAGCCAAUGGAAAUAGAUGGGGGGCGCGCGCGGGAAGUUUCAAGCACCAGCGAAGGGCGCAAGAAGGAGGGAAAGGAUUGGAAAACCUCCAAAAGGUGUUACCUUUGCCAGCGGCCAGGGCAUUUUGCCAGAGCCUGCCCUCAAAGAAAGGCUUGGCAAGGAAUGGUGGAGCCGCAGGGGGUGAGGAGGAGGUGGUAAAGGAACAGGAACAGGGAAACGAGAACGCUUGGCUGCCAAUCAAGGGGCACAACAGCCAAGCCAGCCACCAGUAAAAGUGCCCCAACCAGACUCCCCAAGGCGGCAAUAGCCAUCGAAGUGGUGCUAGAACUCCCAAACGGGCACCCAGUCAAGGUGAAAGGCAUGCUGGAUUCAGGCAGCUCAUGUAAUUUCUUCAGCAAGGACUUUGCAUUAGAGCACCAGCUCCACUUACUGCCUUUGGAUUUUCCCUUGCAAGUGACCACCAUUGAUGGCAGGGAGCUUCUAGGAGGGGAAGUGACACACCAAACCCCGCCAAUGAGGAUGAGGGUGUCCAGGCACUCGGAAACCAUCGCCUUUCACGUCGCCUCGCUAGCAGGACCCCCAAUAAUAUUAGGGAUGAGCUGGCUAGCACAACAUGAUCCAGUGGUGGCGUGGCAUCAGAGGACAGUCACCUUUGGAUCAGCUUACUGCCUGGAACACUGUCUAGGAGGGGAAGCCCCAAGAAUGACCGUGGCCAGGGUGGCUGGGAUGGCGGUGGAGCGGAAAGGGGAGGUGCCGCCACAAUACGCAGAUCUGCGGGAGGUCUUCAGCGAAAAGGAGGCAGAUAGACUGCCACCCCAUAGGCCCUUUGACUGCCAGAUCAACUUGCUUCCGGGGCUCAGCUGCCAGUGGGUAAGCUGUACGCCAUGUCAGACAGGGAGAUGAAGGAGUUGCGAGAAUUUAUCGACAAGAACCUGAAAAGAGGCUUCAUAAGAGAAUCAAAGGCAGUAGGGGGCAGUCCGGUGUUCUUUGUGGACAAAAAGGACACAAAUAAACCCAGGCUCGUAGUGGACUAUAGAGCUGUCAAUUUGGUGUCAGAACCCGUGACCUUCCCAAUGCCCAGGAUUGACGACAUUUUAACGCGAGUGAGGAAAGGCAAAAUUUUUACCAAGCUGGACCUCAGGGGCGCAUACAAUUUGAUCAGGAUGAGGGAGGGGGACGAAUGGAAGACCACAAUGUUCACACCCCUAGGUGCCUUUGAGUACUUAGUUAUGCCUUUGGAUUACAGUCAGGCUCCGCCUGCUUUCAAGCUUUCAUGCACCACGUGUUGGGGUCUCUGCUGUACAAGAACUGCGUAGCCUUCUUGGACGACGUCUUAAUUUAUUCGGACAAUGAGGAACAACAUGUUAGAGACGUCAGGGAAGUGUUACAACGACUGCAGAAGCACCAGUUGUGGGUCAAGCUGGAAAAAUGUCAGUUUCACGCCAGAGAAGUCGAGUUUCUGGGGUACAAGUUGUCUGACAAAGGCUUAGCGAUGGACCCAAGCAAGGUGCAGGCAGUGCUGGAGUGGAAGGCUCCCAAGACACGGAAGGACGUACAGAGGUUCCUAGGGUUCAGCAACUUCUACAGGAAGUUCAUCAAGAACUUCGCCCACUUGACAGCGCCAAUCACGGAUUGUCUCAGUAGCAAAAGAAGUUUGUGUGGACAGAAGAGGCCCAGCAAUCCUUCGAAAAACUGAAGAAGGCGUUCGCAUCGGAAGAGCAACUCCUGCACGUAGAUCUGGAGAAACCCCUGAGGCUAGAGACCGACGCGUCCGACAGAGCCGUGGGGCGGUCCUUUGCAGCCAGGGAAGGGAAAGCAGGAAUGGAAACCGUGUGCCUUUUUCUCCAGAAAACUGAGCAAGUCGGAGCAAAACUAUACAGUGUAUGACCGCGAACUGCUGGCAAUCUACGCGGCCUUUCGUCGUUGGCGUCAUCUACUGAUAGGGGCGCAACAACAGAUCCAGGUUUGCACAGAUCACAAGAACUUGGAGUACUGGAGAACCGCACGAGUACUCAACCAGAGACAGAUUCGAUGGGCACAGGAGUUCUCCAAGUUUUUCUUUGAAAUCCGCUACGUGCCCGGAGAAGAAAACGUAAGAGCAGACGCUCUCUGCGUAAACCGGAGUACCUGGAAGGAGAGGGGCCGCCGGAGAAACGACACGUGAUCCCCGAGGACCGAUGGGUGUGUGGGGAACUUUGGUGGGGAAACGAGAACUAGCCGGGCUGACCAGAAACGACGUGUUCGCGCAAACUAAAAUCCGGGAACUACGAGACGGAAGAGGGACCCAAGAAGGGUUUGAGGAGAAGGAAGGGGUACUGUACUAUAGGGGAGCGCUGUACGUACCGGGGGAAACCCUGAGGGAAAAAGUACUCAAACAACUCCACGACAACCCCACAGCAGGGCACUUUGGACAGCACAAAACCAUGAUGCUGGUGACCAGGCAGUUCUGGUGGCCCAGGGUGAGGGAGGAUGUACGGGAAUAUGUACGGGGUGCGACCGCUGCCAAAGGGCAAAGGGGAGCGGGCUGCCCCCACAGGAUUGCUGGAACCCUUACCCACGCCGGGAAACCCUGGGAGGUGGUAUCCAUUGAUUUUAUGACAGAUUUGCCCAAGUCCCGGGAAAGACAGCAGUCAUGGUAGUGGUCGACCUACUAACAAAAAUGUGCCACUUUAUAGCUUGCUCACAUGCUGUAACGGCAGAGGAAACAGCCCGGUUGUUUGUGGAGCACAUAUUCCGGCUGCAUGGCGCCCCUUGAGGGUUAUCUCCGACCGCGGAAAACAAUUUACUUCCCGGUUCUGGAGGAAACUCAUGAGCUUACUGCAGGUGGAGGUGGGUUUCUCGACGGCGAGACACCCAGAGACCAACGGGCAAGCAGAAAGAGCGAACAGUAUACUCCAGCAAUACCUACGCUGCUAUGUCAGCGAGAGGCAGAACGAUUGGGUAGAAAAACUAGCGCUGGCUGAAUUCGCGUACAACAACGCGGAACACGUGUCCACGGGAAUGAGCCCAUUCAUGGCCAACCAUGGGUGUCAUCCCAGGGCCUUCCCGGGAGUGGGGAGGAACGCUGGAGCGAACCCGCCGCAGAGCAGUUUGGGGAGGAAAUGGAGGCCCUACACCAGCAACUUAAGAUGAACUUGGAGCGGGCCAAGGAAACUUACAAGAGGCAGGCAGACAAGCACCGCAGGGAAGGGGGACCAUACGGGUGGGGGACCGGGUGUGGUUGUCCACCCAAGGGCUACCUUUCAAAGGGGGGUGCAAGAAGUUGCAGCCCAGACGGCUGGGACCUUUUGAGGUAACACAGCAAGUUAAUCCCGUGGCAUUUAAGCUCAGGUUGCCUGAUAGCAUGAAAAUACACCCGGUUUUCCAUAGGUCCCUGCUUUCACCGCAUAGGGAAGGGCGGGAAUUCCAGGGGCAAGAGGGAGAAGUCACCACACACCCGCAGGUAGAAGAAAGGGAACACCACCACAGGGCCACUGGAAAUACUGGACUCAAGGUGGCAAGGGCGCCGGGUGGAGUAUUUGGUAGCGUGGGAAGGGGAACCCAGGUCCGAAAACACGUGGGUCCCCACGGAAGCCGUCGAGGACAGGUAUCUGGUGGAGGUAUUCCACCACCGGUUCCCGGACAAACCCAAACCCCUGGAGAGAUUCUGGGAGGAGCAAUUUGGAACCACAGAUGAGGAAGAGGUUUUGAGGGAUUUUCUGACUCCGAGGAGGGAGGAGAGGUUUCGGAGGAAGAAGCAUCAGACGGGAAGACCACCCCGUUGGUAGGUGGAAGAGCGAUUGGGAAGCGGGUUUCGAACCCACGGAAGAUGGUGACAGUUCCUUCCGGGGUUCCUCGCCUCCUCGGCCGACGAAGGGGACGGUUGGUCCCACAGGUCGGCCCAGGGGUGGAGGGGAUUCUGGGGGGGAGGUGGAUGUCAGGGAACUGACAUCAGAGCGAGAGGCGAAGGGGAGGCUCCUGGAUGAUGCUGGAGAAGGACCCAGCAGCAGGGGGAGAGGCGACUCAGUGGAGGGGGAAGCAUUUAAGCGCAACACCAGGAACAAAAGUGAGCAGAUGGGAAAAUCGGAGAGAGGGCUCACGGACUCUUCACUGGAACUCAGUGAGGAGGGGACAGGUCCUCCGCUACCUACGCCCUCCCUGCGCAGAAGGCUCCCGCGCAGUGAGAGGCGGAGGCGAUUGGGUGUCAAACAGCUCUUAUGUUGGAAGAGAUUCAAGAAACGCCCACUGACGGAUUCUGCUAGUGACUGAGACAGUCCUGAUCAGAAGGGGCUGUGCAGUCAGAAAGGUUUAACAAGGCAAAUCAGCCUAGAGAGGCACCAGUUUACGCACGAGUAACUCAUACUCAUUACACCUCCCUUCGCACCGAUUGGCCGACCAUGCCCAGAAGGAAGGCCUCUGGUUUCUUCUGAAAGGUAUACUUAAAUACCUUUUUCAUUUCAUUAUAAAUCAUCUCCCAGAAGGCCUUGAUCCUUGGGCAUGUCCACCAAAGGUGAAAAUGUGCCCUCAAUCUCUUUACAUUUCCAACAUUUAUUAUCGGGCAAAUGAUAAAUUUUUGCCAGCUUGACUGGGGUUAAGUACCACCUAUAAAUCAUUUUCAUUAUAUUUUCUCUUAAGGCAUUACAUGCCGUAAACUUAAUACCUGUGGUCCAUAACUGUUCCCAGUCAGCAAACAUAAUAUUAUGUCCAACGUCUUGUGCCCAUUUGAUCAUAACAGAUUUAACCGUUUCAUCCUGAGUAUUCCAUUUCAACAGCAAGUUAUACAUUCUUGACAGAUUCUUGGUUUUAGGAUCUAACAAUUCUGUUUCCAAUUUUGAUUUUUCCACCUGAAAACCAAUUUUCUUAUCUAAAUUAUAAGCCUCCUUAUUUGAUAAUAAUGAAGCCAGUCUCAUACUUUAAUUUUUAAAUUGUCAAAGCUCUGCAGCUUUAAUCUAUCUCCAUCUUGUUCUAAAAUUUCACAAUAUUUUGGCCAAUUUGUCUCCAUAUUAAUUUUUUUCAGAGCCUUGGCCUCCAUUGGUGACAGCCACCUUGGUGUUUUACUUUCCAACAAAUCCUUAUAUCUCACCCAGACAUUAAACAAUGCUUUCCUGACAAUAUGGUUCUUAAAGGCUUUGUGUGCUUUGACCUUGUCAUACCACAAGUAUGCAUGCCAUCCAAAAACAUUGUUAAAACCUUCUAGAUCCAAAAUGUCCGUGUUUUCAAGAAGCAGCCAAUCUUUCAGCCAGCAAAAUGCGGCUGAUUCAUAAUAGAGUUUAAACCCCAGUGCCUAAAAUAUUUUAAACCACACAUGCUAAAUACAAUUAUUAGUUGAGCCACAUUAAUUUUCAAGACAGACAUUUCCUUUGAGCUUUGAAGUUUUAUUUUUUUUAAAAUAAUUUUUAUUAACCGGCCAAUCAAAUCAAAUCAAAUCACAUCACAUAAAUUCCGAAUUACAAAGCCGAAUUUUAAAUUUUGUUGAGGGGACCCAUAUUUCAAGAUUCGAAGGGGGAUUCUGAUCAUCUUCUUGCUACUGCGUUAAUGUCCAAAUCAGUCCAAACAAAGUUCAUAAUUCUAUCCAGUCUUAUCUUGCUGUUUCCACAUCACAUCUUGUUCAUAUAUUUUCUCUUUUUUCUUUAUGAUCUCUUCUGAUAGUCUCCUUAAGCCGAUAAACACCAAUAAUAAUCCUGUGUGAAUUUUUCCGUUCUUCCAAUCCUCAAAUCAAGAUGGUUUCCAUAUAUCAUCGCUUUCAUAGAUAACAUCGCUCUUUCCAUCUUUAAUUACAGAACUGUCGUUCUUAAGUCCCUCUGAGGAGUUUCACCCACAAUAUAAAAACAGCUCUAUUUCUCCUCCCAGACUUAAGUCCUCCGACAGAACUUCCCAAUAUGGCGACGGCACUUUUAACUGCGUCAUUCCAAAGCCCUUAUACAUUCCACGCUCUUCUCAAAACAUGCUUUGGUUCGAAAGUUUAUCUCCACACAGCCUUAAAUCCACAGCUUAAGUCCUUAAAACGACAUUUCUGACUUGUGGGGGGGGGAUUCUUGUUUAAUCACAUAAAGGAAAGAAAGGAAAGUUUUUCCCCCUCCCCCAUCAGUCCCUUUGCCAUACCGAGUCUUGGCGUAUCUUCUCAUGAUUUAUACUUGUUCCUCCGACUCGUCUUGUUUUAUCAGAGAUCUCUUCUGUUAGCAGUCUUUACUCCCCCUCCUUCCUUGAAAUAUGUGCAUUCACUUCAUCCAAAUUGUUUCUUUUGAAGUUCUUGCAGCUAGUGGCGCGGAUCAGAGACGGCGUCCAAGAGCGUCGAAAUCCCACAGGAGGGCAUUGUGCCUAGUGCCCCCAUCCCCACAAAUUUGGGGGUGGUAUAGGGCACAGCAGGCAAGGGCAGUCCCCCCCCUACAAUCCUGGGGGGGGGUAGGGAGGCUAUUUACUCCCAUCACAGCCUCCAAAUUACCUUGUGUGGGUCGGAAAGAUGUUAUUGUCAGCCAUCUUCUGAUGCACCCCUAGUGGCCCCCCCGAGCUUUGAAGUUUUAAUCGAUGACCACAAAAUGUCCUUGAAGGACAUCACUCCUAUGUGAACAUUGCAGGUGUGGUUGCAGCAGCGGCAAAAAUUAAUGAUCUUCCUCAUUCUUUACUGAAUUGAUCAAGCACAAGGAAAGUCCCACAAGUGGGGGGGGGGAGGUGUGGGAACAAACCUGGCCCCAAUCAGGAAUCUCUCAUUCUCUCAUUUUGCAGCCUGUGUAUUCCCAGCUGACUGCACAUAACAGAGUCCAUUAAUUUUGGCUUGGCUGCCUGGGUAUCCUGCAACAAUUGCAACAAUUACCCUAAGUUACCGUAAACGCUUUGUUGGCGUGUUGUGUUGAACCUACUUAAUGUGAAAAGGAUUACAGGUAGACCUGAUGACUUAGGAGACAGGCACAAUCCCAAACUGGUGGCCUGUUGAAUGAUCAGAUAAGAUCAAAGCACAUUUUGUUUUAUCCUCAAUCCAUCUGCAUACCUUCUAAAAAUACAGGUUUAUGUACACGUCAUCCUGUUUUUAUAUAUAAAAUUGAGGAUAUUAUAGUAAGUUAAAAUACAUUUAAAAGAAAGAAAAAAAAUAGAAAAAGAAAGCUGAAACAGAAAAAAAAAACAUUUUUAAAAGCAGAGGAAAAUAGCAAUAACAAAAUAACCAUAAAUUAUAAUUAAAGUCACAAAACUAUAUAGUAUAUAUAUGUAGAUGAAUAAAUGAAUUGUUUCCCUCAAGUAUACAUUGAUUCAUGUGUCACUAUGGUUUCAACAAAUACAUUCCAAAAAUCAUUUAAUUUGUUCACGCAUAAUCAUUGUCUGAAAGUGAUCUGUUCAUAGGUUGCAAGAGUUGUCACGUCAUAUAUCCAUUAAUUGAAGGAGGGCACAUUUUUAUCCUUCCAGUGUAUGAAUAGAACAUCUUUUUGCAGAUGGUAAAUAACUUGCAAUGGUUCUCCAGCACUCCUUCACCGUUUGAGGCGGGAAUUUUUAAUGGCAGAGGGCUCCUCCUUUUUUGCACCCUCUUACCACUAUCUCUUAUUACUUCUGUACAAGUCACACACAAAAAUAUUUAAUUUAAAGAUCUCUUGCCAUCAGAGGGGAAUCCCAUUCUGUUUCACCACCUGAGGUGAAACAGGAAGAUGUUGCCCUCACCAAAGUCUCACUUACUGGGGCGUCACAGUGGCGGCUUCUGGAAAAAUCUCUCAGGUGACAAAUGGGUUUCGAUAGAAAGAAAAAGAGAGAGAGAAGAAGCUGAGGUGGGGGAGAAAAUUAGGCAGCAUCGAUGCAGACAUGGAACACAAGUACAGCAGAGUAUUUUUGAAGUUUAAAAAUAGAAAGGAAAAUACCACAAUAAUUGCUGAUAUGUUGAAUGUGAGGUAGAUCCAGGAAAAAUGUUGGUUUUAAUUCCCUUGCUUUGUUAUCAUGUGAAAUAAUAAUAAUAAUAAUAAUAAUUUAUUUAUACCCCGCCCUCCCCAGCCAAGGCCGGGCUCAGGGCGGCUAACAAGCAAUAAUAAAAACAAGUUGAAUGAUUACAACUUAAAAACAAAAUUAAAAUACAACAUUAAAAUAAUGGAACAUUAAAAUAUUAAAAGGCAGCCUCAUCACAGGAGGAGAAAGGAAAAAAGAAAGAGGGGGAGGGAAUCAAAUUGGCUCCAGGCCAAAGGCCAGGCGGAACAACUCUGUCUUACAGGCCCUGCGGAAAGAAAUCAGAUCCUGCAGGGCCCUGGUCUCAUGAGGCAGAGCGUUCCACCAGGCCGGAGCCAGAGUUGAAAAGGCCCUGGCUCUGGUUGAAGCCAAUCUAACUUCCUUAGGGCCUGGGACCACUAGGGUGUUGCUAUUUAUGGACCUUGAGGCUCUCCGUGGCGCAUACCGGGAGAGGCGGUCCCGUAGGUACGAGGGUCCUAGGCCGUGAAGGGCUUUAAAGGUCAAAAGCAGCACCUUAAAUCUGACCCUGUACUCCACCGGGAGCCAGUGCAGCUUGAAAAGCACUGGGUGAAUAUGCUGCCAUGGCAGAGACCCCGUGAGGAGCCUCGCUGCAGCAUUCUGCACCCGCUGGAGUUUCUGGGACAGCUUCAAGGGCAGCCCAGCGUAGAGCGAAUAUGAAUAAUAUGAAUAAAAGAAGAAACCAAGUAUGAGUGUGUUGAUUCUUAUUGAUUUUUUAUCAUGUAAUCCAUACAUUAGUGUAAAUUGAAGGAACUAUCGGUCCAUACAUUUCCUUAUUCUUAAAAGAUGUGAAAUCAAACCAGACUGCAAAAAAGCUGUAUUUUUUAUUGGACCUCUUGUAAACUUUCAGUUUAUGGGAUUUUUUUCCUAACAAGGCUACCUGCCAAACCUAAUAGUCCAACUUUACUAGCUCAAGCAUUUGCCAAGACCUUGCUAUAGACAUCCUUGUGGCCAUCAAAAUAUGAGAGAUGAACUCGAUAUUUUUAAGGUCUUUAUUGGCAUCAGGGAAUAAAUUUAGAAGCGCCAAAUCUGGAGAGGGGACAACAGUUAUUUUGUUAUGCUUAUUGUAUAUGAUUAGUAUAUGUGUUACUAUCAGCCACCUUGAACAUUUGGUGGAAAGGUUGGUUAUAAAUUUCACAAAUAAUAUAUGAAUAAAUAAAAUGGAAAGGGCAGGAGUACGUUACUUCUAGAUCAGGGGUCAGCAAACUUUUUCAGCAGGGGGCCAGUCUGCUGUCCCUCAGACCUUGUUGGGGGCCGGACUAUAUUUUGAAAAAGAAAAAAAAGAAGGAAUUCCUAUGCCCCACAAAUAACCCAGAGAUGCAUUUUAAAUAAAAGGACACAUUCUACUCAUGUAAAAACACGCUGAUUCCCGGACCGCCCGUGGCCUGGAUAUAGAAGGCGAUUGGGCCGGAUCCGGCCCCCGGGCCUUAGUUUGCCUACCCAUGUUCUAGAUACUAGGGAGAUGGCUGAAAUAUGCAAAAACCCCACCCCUGAUGUCCUUUAAAGAGACACACGCUUUAAACCCGAAAAUAAACAGGAGAAGAAAAAUGCUGUUGUUUCCUUGUCAUUGGUCCAGCUGAAUCAUCCCAGCCUGGGGUUUGGGCAAGUCUUUGAAAGAGAAUAAUAAAUAUUGGCAUGUAAUUUGUUAAGCAAAAUGAAUUCUGAAGAUGUUUUCUGAUAUGAGAAACCCAAGCUUGUUUUGUUAUCUCUUACUGCUCAUUAUUCGGUUUCAAAUAGUGUGGAGCAAACCAGCAGGACGCUGCUGUCACUUACACCUUCUGAGGUGGCUGCACUCAAGGAAGGGAUGAAUUUCCUAAAGAACAAAAUGGAUGGGAAGAAUUACAUCUUGUACAAGGACAAGGAUACACUCCGUGCAUGCAAGAACUUGUGCAAGCACCAAGGCGGAUUGUUUAUUAAAGAUAUUGAAGAUCUGACACAAAAGUAAGGCCAGACUUUGCCCCAUUUGCGCUCUCUGUUUCUGUUUGCAAUAAAUAUACUCCCAUAAACUGAUAAGCAUGGGACAUGCUGAGAAUUCAGAUAGACAACUAUGUAGCAUGCUGGGUUGUUGGGUUUUUUGGAAAGCUGAUUGGUUAAACUUGAAACACUAUUCCUUCGUGAUGAUGGGUCUCAGGAUUUGGCCCAGUGGGAAUGAGUCCAUCUUAAAGAUAGACAUUGGCGGCCACUUGCCCUCAAGUCCAUGAUAAUAAUAAUAAUAAUAAUAAUAAUAAUAAUAAUAAUAAUUUAUACCCCACCCAUCUGGUUGGGUUUCCCAUGAGAACAAUGUAUUUUCUGCAGCAACAACAAAAAAUAGUGUAGCUAAGGAUCUUCAUGAUGAUGACUGAAGUUCCAGAGCAGGCAAGUUGCCAUAGAGGGCACCCCCUUUCCCCUCAAGUCCUCUAAGAUCACCCCCUAGCUCCACAGAACUGCACCACCAAUGAGCCUGUUCAGAGGUGGCUCAAAGAGAGAUGCAUGCUUAUUAAAGCAUUUAAAAGCUCUAUCAAGGAGACCAUCAUAUUCAGAUGUAUAUGGCUGGAAGCAGUGGACCUGGGGGUCUCAAAUAUCAGUGGCACCCUAUGUGAUGCAAAAAAUUGGCAACCGCCUCCCCUUCCCACCUCUGGCAUUCCAUUCUAAAGCAUAAUUGCUGUGUCCCCUGUGGAGGUCCUAUGUUCUCAUGAAUUUAAGGGUUUCAUUGCUACAAGGUAUGGUGACAGCCAUGAGCUCAGAUGGCUUUAAGGAGGUUUUUAAGGUGCGACUGAACUGGUUGCACUCUCCUAAAUCUGCCUCUGUGGCUAGUUAAUAAAAAUGUUUUUGCAGUAUUUCUGCCAUUUCUUCCUUAGCCCCUUCCCCCUUUUCUACCUUGUCCUGCCUUGCUGGUCCUUUCCCCACAGUUUUUUUAAAAUGUAAUUAUAUAUUAGAUGUAGCAUAUACUUUAUAUGUACAUAUCAUCUUGUCUUGUGCAGUAUUUUAUAUCUUCCCUGCAAUUCCUAGAGUUUGGUCAGAAUGAAAUGGUGACUGGUCACUGAUGCCUCCACUACAAAGUUCUCUAGUUCUCUAGCCUGAUACCUCACAUAUUUGACCCAGGAUAAUCCAAUAUUGUGCUUUAUUCUCAGCUCUGCAUUUUUGUAAGUUUAAUAGAUGUUAUUACUGUAUUGAAAAAUCACUUGAAGAUGUUCCAUGAGAAGCAUUUCCUAAAUGAAAUAAAUAAAUAAAAUUGGACCAGCAUUCUGGCUGUGUGAGAUAUUCAAAGCACAUUCAAAGCACAUUGUUCCCCCUCAAAGAGUUCUGGGCACCGUAAUUUUUGUGAAGGGUAAAUGUUAGAGCCCAUAAUCCUCCAAAGGGAAAGGUCAUGUUUCAAAUGUGCUUUAAAGGUAGUGUGUACCCAGACUCUGACUAUUAUUCUAUCCUAAAACUGCUUCCUUCUCUUCGUGCAAUGCAUCUUUCCCAACAACAUGGUAUUCGAGUUCAUUGGCUAGCUUCGUGUUGCUAAAUAUUGCUCUAAGAAUUUACACUUUAAAAACCCCAUCAUUGUUAUUUCUGUUGUUGACUUUUUAACCUAGAUGUGUACGUUGCACUAAGCAUAACUGGAAGCUGGAUGUGAGCACAAUGAAAUACGUUAACCCCCCAGACAGCUUCUGCCAAGAUGAACUAGGUAAAAUGUAACAUCUGCUGCAGCUUUUUAUAGCAGUGCCACCUUUGUUAUUUUCUUGCUCUGUGGCUUAAUAGAAAUACAAAUCCAAUUUGCUCAAGUUAAAGAGUUUGAUUUGAUUUAUAUUGCUUACUUUGUUCGCUGUUGUGCAUACAAGUCAAAAACAGUAAGAUAUUGGAUUGGUUUUUUAAAAGCCAAGCAUGGCAAAUGGUAAAAGCUAUUUUUUAAAAAACAAAACAACAACUUUUUUCCUACAGUAAAACAUUUUUGAGUAAACAUCUAAUAUGUUGAAAAGAAGUGAUCUGCAGGAUUUCCACGGGGAAGGAAUUUCACAAUAUUGUCAGGACUUCUCUGAAAAGGCCAUCAUAGGCAUUCACAAUUUCAACCACUGGGUUUGGAAAUAUAGAGCAAGACAGGCUCAUAAGUGUUCGACAAGAACUAGAAAUAUGGAACAAAACUGGUAACAGCUGGCAUUCUGGCGGUUCCCUCAUUGCGAGAAGUGAGGUUACAGGGAACCAGACAGAGUGGCGCUCGCCCUGUGGAACGCCCUCCCUUCAGAUGUGAAGGAAAUAAGCAGCUAUCCUAUCUUUAAAAGACAUCUGAAGGCAGCCCUGUUUAGGGAAGUUUUUAAUAUUUAAUGCUGUAUUGUUUUUAACACUCGAUUGGGAGCCACCCAGAGUGGCUGGGGAAACUCAGCCAGAUGGGCAGGGUAUAUUAUUAACCCUAACUCUGGAUAAUUCUAACUAGGGAGGUUCUGCCCCCAGUUUGCCAACUACGUAUCACUCCCCUCAUGGUAACACCUUAGACCUUCUUUCCACCCCAGCCAACUAAUAACUACUGCAAAUGCCCCCUUUGCUCCCAGAUAUUUCCAUCUGUCCCCCUCCAGUUCCUUAUCUUUCCCUUCUGCCUGUCACCAGAGGACUAAAACGGUCAUAUUAACCUGCCCUUGCUGGCUUCUCUCCCCAACCCCAUUGUCACACCCUUUUCUCGGAGCUGCCCUACCCUUUCCCUGCCUUUAUAGCCUGGAUAAACUUAAGUAGUAACAGGCAACACGUGGCUAAUAAUGUUCUAACAACAUCUUCAUAACCUGUAUUAUUUCACAGUUCUUGAAUAGAGAACAUGUGGUGGAGAUACAACUAAUAAAACAGGUCAAUAUUGUAUGAACAAAAUGAGAGAAGGUAAUCAAUAACACAGAGGCAAACAAGCCUUUCAAUAGUCCCAAUCCUGCAAUCAUGCUCAAAGCGUAGCAUCAAACAAAAUUAGACAAUAUAGUCCAACGGUAUAGAAGGAGGCAAACAAGCCUUUCAACAGUCUCAGUUAUAUAACUGUGUAUGUUGUAACUCCAAUUAUAUAUUCAGCAGUACAACAGAGAGAAAUAAAGCAAUGACGGUUGCUGUAAAAGACAAUGAAACACAGCAUUUACUGACUAGUGCUUGAUUAAUAGAACUCAGAUAGCUGCUAAAAAUUUCCAUCGCAUGAUGUCCUGAAUGGCUCACAGGCUGAGCCCAGGUUCCAUCAGCGAAAGAGAACAGGGUUCUUCUGGUGCAGCAAAGACAGAGCUAUAUAUCAUGGAAUUUUAUGUUCAGAGGGGUAGAUGAGCAACAGCUUCAGCCUCCAAUCAAAGAAGAUCUUGGAACUUUGCUCAUUUUGUUAUGUAGGCAGGUGCUUUGCUCUUGACCAGACCAAGGGAAUAUCUGGGAGACAGGUAAACAGGAAGAGAGUUCUCUCUUUCCUCCUACCAGACAGUUCAUUGAGAAUCAGGCAACGAAACCAAAAAUCAGUGCCUAUGUGUUGUCUAGGUUUAGGGGUUAUGAAUGAAGCAACAGCAAAGCAGUGGUUUAUUUCCUCUCCUCCUAGUUGUUGAAACAGGUCCAGAUAAUGGAUUGGUGCUAGUUGAACUGAAUCCUCCAAAUCCAUGGGAUACAGAACCCAGAGAGGGUGAAGACCUGGCUUUUGGGGAGGUGCAGGUAAAUAAAAACCACAAACUUUUUAUGUACUGGGGCUUGCCUCUAUGGCCUAGUGUGCACAUGGUGCUGAACUACUGUUUGUUUAACAAACUAUGAGUAACUCAUGAGUUUUCCCACAGACAAUUACAACAAAAUACAGCUUCUUUCUCCCAAGUCUAGUUCAUUUCCAAGCUAUUAUUACAUUGUGAUUUUUUUCUUUUUUACCUUUAAAAAAAAUUAAAUUAAAAAUGCAGUAAAAUGUGUGUGUGUGUGUGUGUGUGUGUGUGUGUGUGUGUGUUUUGAUCCCUCAGACUGCAACAAAAUCAGAAAAUUGCACAAGUAAAUUUACACAAGCAAAUUUACUAUUUCCAGAUUGUGUACUUUUGCACAUUUCUUGGGUGGGGAAGUUUUUGCUGUUGUUGUUUAACAAGUUGUGUGCAUGCCCUGUCAGCACCUAAUUGGCAUAAUCGAAAUCAGAAUGUAGGGACAAACAAAAGAAAAUGCUCACUGGUAUGAAUGGGAAAGAUUGAAGUUCCUCCCCAGAGACAAAUUCAAACACAAACACAUGCAGGUUUAGACUAGUCUGGUCUAAUCUGAAUGGGGGGAAAGUGAAUUAGCAGCUAAAUAAUGCUCAGCAAGGACAGGCCCAGAGACCACCAGUUUCUCAUUCUCAACAUCUUUCACAGUAAAAAUUGUCACAAUUCAUUCAGCCACUCUGUAAUCUUCCUAUCCUCCUCCAGCAAUCCUGAAGUUCUGGAUACACCUUAAGUUUGUGGCCUGUUUACUCAGCAUUCUUUCAGAUUUGCUUGCACAAAUCUUACAUGUUCUUAGAUAAUGCCCAGCCUUUAUUAAGCAUCCAUUCUGAUGAUCAGGGAUGAUAGGAGUUAUAGUCCAAAAGAUCUGAAGGAAACUUGGCCUCGGCCCAGUACAGUCAUACCUCAUGUUGCAUCCGCUUCAUGUUACGUUUUUUCAGGUUAUGUCCCACGGCAACCCGGAAGUACUGGAAAGGGUUACUUCCGGGUUUCGCUGCUCGCGCAUGCACAGAAGCGCAAAAUGACAUCACUCGCAUGCACAGAAGUGGCAAAUCACAACCCGUGCACGCGCAGACUCGCUGCUGUGAGUUGCGUUCUUUUCAUGUUGCGAACGGGCCUCCGGAAUGGAUCCCGUUCGCAACCAGAGGUACCACUGUAUACCUGAAGGAGCAUCUCCACCCCCUCCUUUCAGCCCGGACACUGAGGUCCAGCUCUGAGGGCCUUCUGGCGGUUCCCUCACUGCAAGAAGUGAGGUUACAGGGAACCAGGCAGAGGGCCUUCUCGGUAGUGGCUCCUGCCCUGUGGAACACCUUCCCAUCAGAUGUCAAGGAAAUAAACAACUAUCUGACUUUUAGAAGACAUCUGACGGCAGCCCUGUAUCAGAAAAUUAUUUAUGUCUAAUGUUUUACAAUGUUUUAUGUGUUGUAAGCCGCCCAGAGCAGCUGGGGAAACCCAGACAAAUGGGUGGAUCAGACAUAAUAAAAUCAUUACUGUUAUUACUAGGUUGGGGAAGUCUCUCUAUGUUUAGUGUGCCUCCCAAGAAGGGAACAUAUUCUCAUCAUGGCCUUCUCAUGUGUCUCCAAGAGGAUCUCAACACAAUGCAAGUCUCCCACCCACACCAAUUCUGAAUGCUCUUAGCAGUUCCUAUUUGGCCUCUGGCCUCUGCACAAAGUUUAGAUAUGCUAGCUACCCAUCUGACUGGGCACCCUCCCUACUCAGUGUUAGCCAGAAGCGGUGAGGUGGGGGAACAGGAGCGGAUGUGCUUGUGUAAACAUAAAGGUACAGAAUGUAUGAAACAGAAGUGGCAGUAUGUGUGGACCUUUGGGGAGGGGGCACAGUGGAAGCAGACAAAGCAGAGGAAAUAUUUUUGGCAGUGGGCAAGGUCACCUGGUCUCUUUUUUUCCUCUGGGGGUGGCCAAAGGAAGAGGCACUCUCUGCCCAGCUGCAUGUUUUGGGGUGUAGCAGCCAAAGAGCAAAGCUGUAUUUUCUUCUGCAGAAAGGAAGCGGAAAUCUUCUCUAACAUCCGCUCUCAAAAUAGCACCAUGGGGACAUAAUAGAAUCAUAGAACUGUAGAGAAGGAAGGGACCCUGAGGAUCACCUAGUGCAACUCUCUGCAAUGCAAGAAUAUGCAGCUGCCCCAUACAGGGAUCAAACCUGCAACCUUGGCAUCGUCAGCACCACGCUCUAACCUACUGAGCUAGCCACACUAGGAAACAGUUCUUUUCUUUUCAGGCACACAGAACAUGACAACACUGAUCCAUCUCAGUCUUGGGUUUCUGUCUGCUCUUAGGUAACUUACGUAACUCAUGCAUGUAUGGACCUCAAACUUGGAGACAGAAGAAUGAUCUUCGAUCCGUGGCUCGUUGGCCCUGCUUUUGCACGCGGCUGGUGGUUGCUUCAUGAGCCUCCUGGUGACUGGUUGGAAAGACUGUGUCGUGCAGAUCUAAUUUACAUCAGCCACAUGCAUUCUGAUCAUCUCAGGUAUCUGUGCAUAUGAUAAAAAAGAGAGGGGAAAUUACUUAUGCUGUCAUCUUAAGCAUUCUUACCUGGGGCUGGUGUUGUGCAAGCUGUAUGGCUUUGUCCUAUUCUGCUCUGGUGACACAGGCAUAUAAGGAAGCAUAUAAGUAGGACAAGCCAAAGUUCUGCCUCCUGGAUGGCAUUUAUGAGGGAAGGAAGAACAUCAUUAGCCAUGCCAUUCUUGUGCAUAGUUAUUGAUGCCUGCCACCCCAGUCCAAGCGGGUUGAGAUUCCAGGGAUUCCAGGCGCUUACUCAGGGUUCAGUUUCCUUCGGAAUGAGGGGCAGUGGAGACUUGGUGUCUGUAGAAUAUAUGGUUUAUUUACACAUAUAUACAACCUGAGCCUGUGAUGGAGGAGCUUGCAACAUUAAUGGCCCAAGAGGCCUUGCUUUUCCCAUAGCCACAGCAUUGGAUUCAAGCAGAAUCCAAUAUGCCUAUGGGUGGCCUUGAAGUGAGCUUCACUUGGCUUGCUCACUCUCCUGGAAUCCUGGUCCCGUUAUUUUAGUGCCUUUCACUAUAUAUAGCUGACGCACACCCCAGUAAAGUGACUUGAGGAUUGACUGAGAGUGGCCACCAAGACCAUAUAACACCAGUUCUGAAAGACCUACAUUGGCUCCCAGUACGUUUCCGAGCACAAUUCAAAGUGUUGGUGCUGACCUUUAAAGCCCUAACUGGCCUCUGCCCAGUAUACCUGAAGGAGUGUCUCCACCCCCAUUGUCCAGCCCAGACACUGAGAUCCAGUUCCGAGGGCCUUCUGGCAGUUCCCAUACUGAGAGAAAUAAAGCUACAGGGAAUCAGGCAGGGGGCCUUCUUGGUAGUGGCGCCAUCCCUGUGGACACCCACCUAUCAGAUGUCAAGGAAACAAACAACUUUUAGAAGAUAUCUGAAGGCAACCCUGUUUAGGGAAGUUUUUAAUGUUUGAUGUUAUAUCCUGUUUUUAAUAUUCUGUUGGGAGCCGCCCAGAGUGGCUGGGGAAACCCAACCAGAUGGGUAGGGUAUAAAUAUAUUAUUGUCAUUUGUUUGUUUGUUUGUUUCCUACUCUCCUGCUUUUCUUACUCUCCAGUUACCCUACAUUGAAGAAACUUGCAGAGAGGAGGCCAGAUGUGCCCAUUUAUGUUGGGAAGACAGAACGGCCUGUAUUCUGGUACCUCAAACAGAGUGGUGUAAAGCUGACCAAUAUUAACAUUGUCCCAUUUGGAGUUUGGCAACAGGUCUGAUGUCUUGACAUUUUCUGAAGUUUAUAUUUUCUUUCUAAACUAUGGAAAUAAUCCAGAAGUUUCUAAUCAGAACAUUUCCAGACCAUGAGUAAGCAACAAUAUUUUUAAAUAAAUAAAUAAAUAAAAAUCCCCUAACACACAAUUCUUGCACACCACCCAAAUUUCCAAGUGGCUUGAGACUCCAGGUCUUCCAAAUGCUUAUGCAGGGUUCAGUUUCCUUGGAAUGACAGACAGUGAAGACUGUGGUAUCUUUUUUUUUUUUUUAAAUGAUAUCUAUUAAAGUUUCACAUGAAAAGAAUCACAUUAAUAAUAAAAAAAGAAUUUAAAAAGAAAAAGAAAAAUACACAAUACAGAAUACAAAAAGAAAAAACAAAAAACUGCUAAAAACAAUUCCAUCUUUUCAUCACUAAUUUUACAUUUACUUGUUUCCCGGACCUCCUCAUACCUCCCUCUUUUGUAUUCCAGUUCAAUUUGUUUGUCCAGCAAUUCCUUUCCCUCCUUUUUAAUCCCAAUCCUUAAUCUUAAUAUAAUAUAACAUUAAAUUUUUACCUAUUAAAAACCAAUUUUCCAUUCUUUUAACAUUUUUAAUCCUAAUCCUUAAUCUUGAUCUAUUUAUAACUUUAAAGCCUGUACAGCUAGAAGCCACUUAAUUACAAUCCAACAUCACUCUAACAUUCAUUAAUUUUGCAAUAUUUCUGUAAGUAAUCUUUGAAUUUCUUCCAAUCUUCUUCCACCGACUCUUCUCCCUGGUCACGGAUUCUGCCAGUCAUUUCCGCCAAUUCCAUAUAGUCCAUCAAUUUCAUCUGCCAUUCCUCCAGUGUGGGUAGAUCUUGUGUCUUCCAAUACUUUGCGAUAAGUAUUCUUGCUGCUGUUGUGGCAUACAUAAAGAAAGUUCUAUCCUUUUUUAACACCGAUUGGCCGACUAUGCCCAGGAGGAAGGCCUCUGGUUUCUUCAAGAAGGUAUAUUUAAAUACCUUUUUUAAUUCAUUAUAUAUCAUCUCCCAGAAAGCCUUAAUCUUUGGGCACGUCCACCAAAGGUGAAAGAAUGUACCUUCAGUUUCUUUACAUUUCCAACAUUUAUUAUCAGGCAAAUGGUAGAUUUUUGCAAGCUUAACUGGGGUUAUGUACCACCUGUAUAUCAUUUUCAUAAUAUUCUCUCUUAGGGCAUUACAUGCCGUAAACUUCAUACCUGUGGUCCAUAACUGUUCCCAGUCAGCGAACAUAAUGUUGUGUCCAACGUCUUGUGCCCAUUUAAUCAUAGCAGAUUUCACCGUUUCAUCCUGAGUGUUCCAUUUCAGCAGCAAGUUAUACAUUCUUGACAAAUUCUUAGUUUUGGGUUCUAACAGUUCUGUUUCUAAUUUUGAUUUUUCCACUUGGAAGCCAAUUUUCUUGUCCAAAUUGUAUGCCUCCAUUAUCUGAUAAUAAUGAAGCCAGUCUCGCACUUUGUUUUUUAAUUUUUCAAAACUUUGCAAUUUCAGUCUGUCUCCAUCUUGUUCCAAAAUUUCCCAAUAUUUCGGCCAUUUGACCUCCAUAUUGAGCUUUUUCAAGGCUUUCGCUUCCAUUGGUGACAGCCACCUUGGAGUUUUAUUUUCCAAUAAAUCCUUGUAUCUUAUCCAAACAUUAAACAGUGCUUUCCUGACAAUGUGAUUUUUAAAUGCUUUAUGUGCUUUGACCUUAUCAUACCACAGAUAUGCAUGCCAUCCAAAUACAUUGUUAAAACCUUCUAGAUCCAAAAUGUCAGUGUUUUCAAGAAGCAGCCAUUCUUUCAACCAGCAAAAGGCUGCUGAUUCAUAAUAAAGUUUAAGGUCUGGCAGGGCAAAUCCACCUCUUUCCUUUGCAUCUGUUAGUAUUUUAAAUUUUAUUCUGGGCUUCUUGCCCUGCCAGACAAAUCUGGAAAUAUCUCUCUGCCACCUCUUGAAACAGUCUAUUUUGUCCACAAUUUGCAGUGUUUGAAACAAAAACAACAUUCUAGGCAAUACAUUCAUUUUUACCGCAGCAAUACGGCCCAGCAGUGAAAGCUUCAAAUUUGACCAAAUUUCUAAAUCUUUUUUCACUUCAGCCCAACAUUUUUCAUAGUUAUCUUUAAAUAAAUUCCCAUUUUUGCUGUCAUGUUAAUCCCCAGGUAUUUAACUUUCUUAACCACUGUUAAACCUGUCACAUUCUGAAACCUCUCUCUCUCCAUUGGUGUUAGAUUUUUCUCUAAAACCUUAGUUUUUAACUUGUUCAGUUUAAAUCCUGCAACCUGACCAAAUUCUUGAAUCAGUUCUAAAACCCUUUUGGUACUAGAUUCUGGCUCCUGUAACGUCAGUACUAAAUCAUCUGCAAAUGCUCUCAAUUUGUACUGUUUAACAAGGCUGUGGUAUCUAUAGGCUAUAGGGUUUAUUUACGCAUACAACCUGAGUUUACGAUGGAGCGGUUCACGGCAUUAACACCCCAGAAGGUCUUGCUUCUCCCAUAGCCACAACCUUGAAUUCAAACAGAAAUCAAGAAUGUCUCUCCCUCCCUCCCUUUCUUUCACAUCUCAACUCUUGUUUUUGCUAGUUGAGGGAGGGGAGCCCACCCAUUUGCCCUCUGGAGCAUAGCUGCUUCCUUUGUUACCCUAACAACUCACACUUAGGGCCAUUACCAAGAAACUGGCCUGGUUAUUCCAACAAUUGAAUACUUGCUGGAUCCGGGAAUUAGAAGGGACUCAGACAUAUAGCCUAAUACCCACCCAGCCCAACAAUAUUGACAGAAUUAGAGAAUUGAGGUCCCAAUGCUCCCACUACUCAUCACUUAAUAACCAAAGCAGUUUGAAAUAUGUUUCUGGGUUGCCACAUAUAUAUCCUAAGAUGGAAUGUAAACAUAUAAGGUGAGCUGAUGAAGCAAGACUCCUGACUCAAGUUGACUCUGCUUCAUGUUGACUCUUGUUGGGGGCCAUGAAUGAGUGUUAUUUGCUGGUUCCCGCAGCAGCCACUAGCUCACCACCUCAUGCCACUUGGACAUGUCCAACCAGUUCAGAGACAACUGGGGGACCUAAUCACCACACUAUCAUCUGAUCCACAAGGAACUGCUUAGCGUUCCUCAAAAAUAUCCUAUCCUUGCUGCCACUAAAAUGUAUUAUGAGGAGGAGGAGGUGCAUUACUAACACCAAUAACACCAGAGGGGGCAUUACUAACAAUAAGUUUAAUAGUAACAAGAUGCUUAUGGAUAAAUAGCCAUGCAGCAGACUGUUGCUUGCAAUUAAGAAUGGGUAAACCUGUCAAUGUCAAUUUCUAUUGGUUUCUAUCCCUCCUUAUCUUAAACACAGUUCUCAACAGUUCUACAUAAGCUUGCAUUUAAAAAACCAACCAACCAACCAACAACAACAACAUGUUCAUGGAAGUUGAUUAGGAUUUUAUUCAAAUUUAUUCUAUUAUACGCAUGUUUUUAUGCAAUUUCCCCUAAUAUACACCUUAGGGAGCCACGGCACACAGAUGCCAUUCUAGAUUGCAUUCCAAUAACUUUUUAAAGGGAUUACAGCCAAUCAUAGACCCUGUUUUCUAUAAAUAAAAAUGUCCAUGUCAAAAUUCAUAGUAACAUGUGCUUUGAUUUCUUUUAAGGUGGACAGGAAUCUUAGAUUUAUGAUACUGAUGGAUGGUGUUCAUCCUGAAAUGGAUACUUGCAUCAUUGUUGAAUAUAAAGGUACCUGAAUGUAACAAUAAUUACUAUGUUGCAUUUGAUACUUUUUUAUACUGUGUUUCAAAUAAAAAAGUGGAAUGAUUCAGAUACUCUGUAUGAUUAGUGCAAUUUUUCUAUUUUCCAGCUUUGACCUACUUUGAGGUUAUUCGUAACUUCAGAUUAUUGUACAAAAGUAAAGAAAAACCAUUCUUGCUCCUUUACACUUCAGGUUUCUAUCAAAAGCUCCUAGUGCCUAAAAUAUGGUCCUUUCACCUUGCUCUGAAAAAGCAGCCAGUUCUGGCCUGGUCUUGCUGGGAAGAUGUUGGGACACAAUUUUAAUUGAGAGUUUAUCUUUGCAUAGGGCACAAAAUUCUGAAUACAGUGGACUGCACCAGGCCCAAUGGUGGAAAGCUUCCUGAGAAGGUUGACCUCAUGAUGAGUGACUUUGCAGGUGGAGCGUCAGGAUUCCCAAUGGUAUACAGCAGAGGAAAUUUCACUGGUAAUGAACCAAUGGCAUCUUUUAGAUAAGGUGUCCAUUUUUCAGAAUAUUUUGAAGCCCCCAUUGGCCAACACUUUUAUUUCAAACCAAACACCCCACUUAUCUCUUGAGAGACAAACUAGCAAGCGCACACAGCAACAUAAUGUGUGCAAUUGCCUCAAAGAAAAACAUGGAGGAAACAUGAGAAGAAGCAAGAGCUCUUUCUAUGUCAUGGGUCAGCAAACCUUUUCAGCAGGGGGCCGGUCCACUGUCCCUCAGACCUUGUGGGGGGCUGGACUAUACUUUGGAAAAAAAUAAAUGAACAAAUUCCUAUGCCCCACGAAUAACCCAGAGUUGCAUUUUAAAUAAAAGGACACACUCUACUCAUGUAAAAACAUGCUGAUUCCCGGACUGUCCGCGGGCCGGAUUUAGAAGGCGAUUGGGCCAGAUCCGGCCCCCGGGCCUUAGUUUGCCUACCCAUGUUCUUUGUUGUCAGAUAUCAACCCAACAACAUAAACCAGGCAUAGGCAAAAUCUGGCCCUCAAGAUGUUUGGGACUACAAUUCCCAUCACCCCUGAACACUGGUCCUGUUAGUUAGGGAUGAUGGGAACUGUAGUCGCAAACAUCUGGAGGGCCAGAGUUUGCCUAAGCCUGGAAUACCCCCUUGUCUGUUGUCAUGUACAGGUGUUCUGGGACCCUGCACACUUAACUGAAAUGCACACAAGUGGGAGGCCUGCCGCAGUAAAUACAUCUUCCUGCCCAACAGCUGUAUUGAGUGGGGUAGCACGGCAGUAGCAAAAGCUUCCGUGUGCCAUUUUUGAGCCCUUGGAGUCUUAUUUUCUGGACUUUGGGCUCACUGAUGUCCCUCUGGGGAGGGUCUCCUUGUGAACCACAAGGGCUUUCCAGCUCUCUCCUGACAUUUCAGGUUAGAAUUGAAUUAUUUAUUUAUUUCCCGGUGCCAUGCAUAUACGCAGCCGCAUGCAAGUCGAUCGUGCGCAAGUGGGGGGUGGGGGUGCCUGUACCAGUGAGAGAGAUCUUCUGUGCAGUCUCUUCCCCAGAUCUCUUUCCACUUGACAGAUGGCCCUUCCAGAUUUCUCUUGCUCUGCUUCAAGUGUGAAGGUGAUGCUGAUGGAGGUGAUCAAUAAUAAUAAUUAGUAAUGAAGAACAUAACUUAAAAUCUUUGUGGGACAAUUAAGACACCCCCCCCCACGGAUUGCACAACAUAGGUCCAAUAAGUGCUUUCGUUUUUCAGAGGAGAAGAAAGCCCAGUUUAUUAAAAUUGAAAGGAAGAAGCUGUUGAAUUACAAGGCCCAGCUGGUUACUGAUCUGAAGCCAAAAAUCUACUGUCCUUUUGCGGGAUAUUUUGUCGAAGCUCAUCCUUCUGACAGGUACUGUCUUCCAGUUCACUCUUUAGUCACCAGUUGUAUCACAAUAAGUUUGCACAAAUGUGAUCAGUGACGAUGUGUGAAGCAAUGUGUGAACUGAAAUGGAGCUAACCUGCAAGAUUUUCUCUCCUCCAAAUUUUGCAGUGCAUUUCUCCAGCCAAACGGUGUACAUAAAAAUAAAGAUAUUAGUGAAAAUAACAUACAAAAAUACAUUAUAGUAAGGGAAAUUGCUUGCAAAAAUGUGCACGUUAGUCGAAACUGCAUGUUAAAAUGUGUCUAUUAGGGGAAAUUUGCACUGAAAUGCUGGUGAGUUUUUGGGAUGAUUUUAAAAGCAAACUGCUGGAAGAUGUGGAGAACUGAAUUUCAGACUGGAAAAAUAAGAAAGUGAGAGAAUAGAAAUUAACAAAUCUUUCCAUUCUUAUUCCCUCCCCCUUGCAAAUAAAUAAAUAAAAUAAAAUGCAGCCUGCUUUGAAUUUUUAAUGGGGGUGGGAUUAUUAUAGGCAUUUCUGUGUAAUGUGUGGUUAGCCCUUUCCUUCCUAAUAAUGUGAUUAGCAUUUAAGCCUAAGAGGCAGACUAUCAAAUAAUGCUGGAAUCAGUGCUGUGUGCCAUUCCAACCUAUUCUCAUAAUUUCCACCAGGGCACAGAAUGUAUUGGCUUAUUAUCGAUUGGUAAUUGGCCUUCUAAAUGUGGAAUAAAUCUUCCACUAGUAGAAAAACUGUUUUAUCAUUGCAGGAGAGGCUUGCCAGUAAAAGUGAAACUAAAUCCAAGGUUGUCUUGUCCUGGUCUGAUAGCAGUGAGGCAGGGCAGGACCACAGACAGCUCCAAGUGAAGAACUUGCUCUGAGUAGGGUUAAGAUUACACUGAGCUUUUAAAGUUUUGGAUCCCAGACUACUUGUCCCUAACUCCAUCCUCUUAUUGAAGAUAACUACAAAUUUUUAAGCAGUCUGACCUGAAGAGAUGGACUCUUUAUCUGUUCCAUAGCCUUAUUGAACUCGCUACACCACUUCAUCAGUAAGGUACUGUGGGAGAUAAAGCUAUAGUUUGUUAAGGAUGCUGGAAACUGUGAUUCUGUAAGGGGGAAACUACACUUCCCAUGAUUCUUUGGGGAAAGUCAUGUGCUUUAAGUGUAUAGUGCAGAUCUGCACCAUCUAUCUUCAACUAUCUUCCACUUAAUCUUGUUCUCUUGUACAAGUGAACAAUGCUAGUGGCUAUUUUCCUUCCACUCAUGACUUUGUGUCUCCAGUGCUAUGGAAACAUCCAGUUGUGUGUCUUUCCUUAACCUAGUUACAUCAAAGAAACAAAUCUUAAAAAUGACCCAGAGGAGUUGAACAGACUAAUUAAAAAAAAAUCUGAAGAAGUUUCAACAUGGACACCAAAACCUGGAGCCAUUUUGGACCUGGCAAGGAUGCUCAGAGAUCCAACAGACAGGUAAUCCUAAUGUACUUCAAAUUAAGUAUUUAUUGAAUUUCUAUAAUUAGGUUUUGAAUGUUUAAUGCCAAUAAAUCUGUUAACCAGUUUUUGUUGAAGUGCUUCACUGGUGUGGGCAGGAGAAGCAUCUUCAUAAAGUUGAGAAGGGAGAGGAAGUCUUGAGAUUGAAUUUGAGAACUCUGUGCCAUUUCAUGGGGCUAACAAGCACCCAAACUACUCAUUCGCCUUUGAAGAGCAGUAAGGAAAGGGCUCUUACAAGGCAAAGUUAGGGGCUAUUGUGACACCAGCAUGUAGUAGACCAGUCUUCUUCUUCUUCUUCUUCUUCUUCUUCUUCUUCUUCUUCUUCUUCUUCUUCUUCUUCUUCUUUUCCCAUUAUAGAUUUCAAAAUUCCAGUGAUAAGCUGAACCAUGCGGCAGGUUUCAAACAUUCCAGCAAUUUGUUAGGUCCCUUGCUAAUUUAGCAAAAUAUUUUCCCCAAACAGUCAAAGUGUCAUUCUUCUAUCUGUGUUGAAUAAAUCUACCAUGCUAAUUUUCUGUGAGUUGAAUCCAGAUUGCCCUUAAAUGUUUAGUAGCCAUUCGUCUGUCUCGAGACAAUGGAGUUUGCUUCCAGGGGUGAAGUCAAACCGCUGGAGAAAUGUAAAUGGGUGUAAAAUGCUACCUUGCACAACACUGAAGGAUGGGUCAUCUGAAUUAUUGCAAGUUGGGGGUCAGCAGAUAAAUAAGAAAUAGAAAGUGGGGCUAUUCAUUUUAUCUGCAGUUAGACUCACUCUGUGAAUCAGAGAGAUAUGCUCUGCAUGGAUUUUGACCUCAGUUAAUCAGUGCAGUUAUUAAUUGUCUAUUUUCUCUCUCUUAGUUUAGGAAUUGUUGAUCCUCCAGAAGGGACAAAAAUUUUAAAGGAUUCAUGGGAUUUUAAGCCAUACUUACACACUCUUGGAGCCGCAGUUGAUGAUGAUAUUUUUCUCUAUCCUUCCUGGGUGAAAGAAUAUUAUCUAUGGGCUGGAUUUAAAGGCUAUAACCUUGUGAUAAGGGUGAGUAGGUCUAUACAAGCAUUUAUCAAAUGCAAGAUAUUGUUUACUUCAGCGACAAAUUCUACAAGAAUAUCUGUUUUCAACUGCUUUAGCAAAGAAAAGCAAACACUUUUUAAAGAACAGUUGUGAUUUGCCCUCCUUCAGGCAACACUCUCAAAUGCAUGAAAUUGAUGGUGACAGUUUGGGAUAUACAGUUGCUGCUAACCAUUUAAAAUUUUAUUUUGGGAUAGCCAAAAAUUUUAUUUAAAAAAAUUCCAACUUUAUGUACAUAUACCAAUUAAGAUGACAAUUAUAUUUAAGUGGCAGUCAAUAUUUCUUCUUGAACUAUAAAUCUCUGUGUGUGUGUUUUUCUCUAACACAGCAAGACAAUUUCUUUUAUUCUCAUUUUAAAUUUGGAGGCAAAGGAGCCCUUCUCUUCAAAGAAUUAUGACUUCCUGCCUCAAAUUCAGCUCAUAAAAAGUUGGAUGAAAAAAGUCAAAGCAAAUAAACUACUACACAGAGAGGACAAAGAUGUUGGAAAUUGAAACAUAAUAUAUUAAAUAUAAGGCAGCAAUCCUAAAGUCACAUACCUGUGACUAAGUAAGCACAACUGAAUUCAGAAGAACUUCAUGGUUGAGCACCAAGAGUAAAUGGGAGAAUCAAGCAAAAACCAAAUAGUUUGGGGGAUUGCACAACAUCUGUUUGAAAUGACAGCCUCCUCUUGUUGUUUAUAUCCCAUAACUAGGUAAUAGAAACUGAUGAUGAUUUCAGUCCUUUGCCUGGAGGGUACAACUACUUAGUGGAUUUUUUGGACUUAUCCUUUCCAACAGAAAUACCAAACCGGGACUGUCCAUUUGAGGAAGUAAGGAUUACAAAUGUAUAUCCUCUCAUGUUCUCAAAUAUAGAAAUAUAAAUAUGACAUUUCCUCCAAGGACAACAAUUUACUCUCACUUAUUUCUGGUGACAGGGAUUUUGGGGGAGGACUAUAAAGCUGUGUGUGUUUAACUCAGUACACUAGCACUUAGAAUGUACAAUGCUUAUGCUUUUUAUAUAUAGUUUGUUAAAAUAUUGUCAUGGUUCUCAUUGUGUGACAUGAAUCCCUUUGAGCUUAUUUAUGCAACACUUCCAUGCCCUUGUUCAGCUUAUGAUACCACCACUCAGCCUUCUUUCAGUAGUUUUGCAGCAGUGUUGGGAUCUGCUUUCAGUUUUGCUGUGGCUUCAGUUCUUGACCCAAGCAGAGAAAUUCCUGUCAUCUUAAGGUUAAUGUGAACCACCCCAAGGAUAUGGCAUUAGCUGCUGGAAAAGGCCUGAGCAAAGGCUAAGAUAAAAAGCGGAGUGGAGAAGAGGGCACUGAGUGAAAUGCAGAAAGGGAGUAUGGGAAAAGGCAGGAAAACAGAGGGCAUGAGACUAAGCCUUCUGAAAAUACAAUAUGGCAAUUAAAAAGUGUCCUCCCAGACCAUUAAGAGUCCUAUUUCUAGCUCUAGCUGACUCCACACAAAAUGUCCGCUGAUGAGUAGAGUCACAAGGCAGCUUCUCAUUUUAAUUUAGGAAAUGUAUUUGUAAUUUUGAAACAUACAAGAACUACAAUUUGGUUACAGCCAGCACUUAGAAAUGUUAGCUGGCCAAACAUAUAGACAGCAACAACUGUAUUUUGAGGGGGCGUGUUAGGAAAAGGGACAGAAACCGGCUUAUUCUCUCUUUGUUAUUUCAGGAUGCCACUAAGAGUAAAAAACAGUUGUGCCUAAUCAUUUUUAACAUGAGAAGAUAUUAUUUGUGUUCACACCAGAACACAGCAGCAGAAUUAGAUACUAAUUAUGUUCGCACAUUAACACUAAACCAUGAUUUCUUUAAUCAUGGCUUGUUCAACAAACCAUCAGUUGUCUCAUAGAUGAGCAAACAAACCAUGGCUUGUUUUUUCAAAGCUUGGUUUUCUGGCUGUGGUAACCUUGUGCUUAGCAGCCUCCGAAGCAUCUUCACAAGCAACAUUGUUGGGUUCAGACAUAACGUGAAACCAUAGUUAAAGCAUGCCAUGGUUCAUAAGCCAACGACAAACUAUGGCUUCACAUCAUGGUUUGUCUGCUGGGAUGGAUUUGCGCAUUCAAACAAACCAUAGUUAAGCUAAGCAAGCCAUGCCUCCCUUAGUGAUAUGUAUGAACUAGGACAAUGUGAUUAUAUCAUGGGCAUCUUUCAGAACAGAAGCAGCGCCUGGCAUCCAAACAGCCACACAACCAGCUUUGUGUGCCAAAGGGAGUUUUGGACUUGUGCUUCACGAACAGCAGUGUCCCCAACACCACCACCACACAGCAAGCUGCCUUUGAAAUUGAAGCAGAACUUUCAGAAUUUUCAGUAGGACAGAAAGAAAGAAAAUGAGAACUGAAGGUGGUCUUUGGAUUCUGCCUAUUGGUUGUAUUAAUGUAUCAAAUAAAAUUGAUGCCAGAUUUUCAUGCACUUUGUCUUUCACUGCAGAUAAAAGCCCGAGUUAGUGUAAUGAGGCACACAGUGAAACAUGGAUUGCUCUGGGAUGAUCUGUAUAUAGGAUUCCAAAUCAGGCUACAACGUGACCCUGACAUAUAUCAUCACCAGUAAGCCCAUUUGUUUCUGUUGUUGCCAUGCUAAUGCCAGUCACUAGUAUUUGAUAUAGAAUUGUUUCAAAAUUGCUCCUUGAAAGCAUACCUCUAGGUGUAAAUCAUUAAGCUGGUGUCAACUGGCAUAGCCUCAUUGAUUAUAGUUUUCCCAUUCCUUAUGCCUCUAGAAUACAAUGUAAGAAAUGGAUUCUGUUGUGAACAGAAGCCUGUGUUGAAACAAGUCACUUUAUCCCUCAUAACAGUUCCAAAGGUGAAAGAUACAGAAGCAGCUGUGACUGCAUCUAUUAUUAUACAAGUUUGAAAGUCCAUGGAUUUUUGUGGGUCGUUUUUUUUAAGCAAUGAGAGGGAUAGAAAUGUUCAAAGCAUUUUUUUAAAAAGAACUGCAGCUGAACAAUUAUCACGUGGUCCAGAAAGCAUGUUACUUAAGCAUGCAUUUAUCUAUUCUGUCUCUUUGCAAAACCAAUAAUUAUUUAAUCCCUAUAGCAAAACAAUCUAAUCAGAUUUACUUCUAAUUAACACACUUGGAUCUAUACCUAAUAGCAAUCAUAAGUUAAGAGUGAGUCUUGAGAAUUCCAUUCUUUUUUCCUUCAUAAAUACAAAGGACUCUUAGUGUCAUUAGACACUAGUUUGUACAUCCCGUUUGUCAAUGUAACAUUCAUUUUCUACCAAAUGUUACUUCAUUUUGUACACUGCUGCUGAGUCUUGAACUCAGAGCCUUGGGGUUUGUGUCCAGCUGCCCCUUUUUGGUGAGACACCGUAAAGUUCAGUACAGUAUGCUCAGACACUGGACUGACUGCACUCACCUAGGUGGGCUAUAGGAACCUUCUAGACAGGAAUAAAAGUUUUAGAGGGCUUCCUGGUCCAGUCAAGUCUGCUUCGGCAACAAGGGCUUCCUGAGCUUUGUCAUGUUUCUGUAUUCCUUGGUCCUGCUUGGCUUUUGCUCCUGUCUCCUGUCUGUCUUCUUGAUCCUAGUUUAUUCUUUGGUUUUGACUUGCUCUACAGUCCUGACUAAUGGCUUGGCCUGAGUCUUCUCUCAUGCCAGAUGGAGGUUGCUAUCCAUAACCCAACCUUGACAGCAGCCAGCCUAAAGUUACCAAAAUAUCUUCAACUGUAAACAAAACUGAUUUCAGCAGAUGAGCUGAUACAGCCAUGCAGCUUCCUAGUGGUGCUAUGCACAAGGAUAAGAUUGCAAUUAUCUGAAUGUUUUAAUAGAUCAUAUAGAAGCUUUAAAUUCUGUUAAUGUUUAAUUGUUUUUUUAAUGAUUCCACACACACACAAUCUUCUUAGCUGUUUCUAUUUUAUCUGUGAACCACUUUGAGUUCCUUUCAGGGAAAAAUGCAGGAUAUAAAUAAAGAUAAUAAUAUUAAGCAAAAAACAAAACAAAACAAACAAACAAGUGUUCACAAAUUGCUACUGAAAAGCUGUGUGGUCUCAUGACCACGUAUGUUGCUACUUCACCCUGGAACCAGGCAUGUGAAGCUGCCAUAUAGAUUAGAUGCCAUUGGCUCAUUGAGCUCUGUAUUGUCUGCACUGUACAUCAGGAGUGGCCAAUAUGUUGAAUCCAGUUGUAGGACUACAAAUCCCAUAAUCCCCAGAUAACAUGGACAAUGGACAUGGAUUAUGGGAGUUGUAGUUCAACAACAUAUUGAGGGGUCCACAUUGGCCAACCCUGCUGUGUACAGUAACUGGCAGUUCUCUAAGGUCUUGGGAGUCUUUCCCAGCCCUGCUAUGGAUGGUGGGGAUUGAACCCAGGAUGUUUUGCAUGUAUGGGCUUUUUCACCAAGUUACAAUCCUUUCCCCAAGUCCAUGAAGGGUUCCCAAGCCUGUGGACUGGGACAUAGUGAAUAAGUUGAUCCAAAUUUCAUGUAGCUACUGUCCUUCUGUGUGUAACUGUCUUUGUUUUCUUAUAUUUUUAAAGGUUUUGGAAUCAUUUCCAAAUAAAACUUCCUCUGACCCCACCUGACUGGAAGUCUUUCUUGGCACAAUGCAAACAAAAUCUGAAUUGA